CAGACCGCGGGCCGCAGUCAGUGCUGCGCCGGGAGGACUGGGUGUCGGGUCGUGUGGCCCUGUGCGUGUACGGGCGAGAGUGCGCGAUGCAGUAGAGCGGCGCAAUGCCCUCUGGGAACCCGGGCGCCGCGGCGGGAGGUCUGUGGCCCAGCCCGGCCGACACAGACCUCGCGGCCAUCAGGCGCCUGCUGGAGAGCGAGGCCACCACAGGCUGCUGUCCCAGCUGCAACAUGCCGUUCGACAAGGGCAAGAAGAGGAAGCUGAUCGACGCGUGCGGCCACGAGCGCUGCUACUCCUGCAUGUUCCGCAACGAGGCGUGUCCGCUGUGCGGCGACCAGGCCCUGCCGCCCAAGAAGAGCGUGGGCAGCGCCGACCAGAGCUGCCCCUACGGCGAGGUGAAGGCGGGCGCCCAGAUGCGGCCCAAGGUCAAGACCAACGGCCACUUCACGUCCUACAUGCAGUCUCGCCAGGAGGGCAGCCCCGCCGCGCAGCCCGCUGAUUGGUCGGAGUGCCCGAGCCGGCUGCCCAAGGCGCGACCCUCCUCCACUCGCAGCCUGGCCAGGCACGAGGCUCCGCCCACCUCCAUGACGCAGAGCUGCCCCACACCACCUCAGAGCCGACGGAGGUUCUUCCUCAGCCCCAAGUCCAUUCGUAGUCCGUGGGCGCAGCGAGGGGACAGAUCCGGACCACGCCUCAGCCAAGCCGACCCUCUGGACAACCCUUCUGCACUCUCUGACGAUGAAGGGGGCAGCAUCCGGCCUGUGGCCCCGGGCAAGAAGUCCUCGCAGAGCGACCUCUACAUGCGACUGCAGCUGCUGCUGGGGGACAACGCGCGACGAGCGGCCCGAAGCGCGCUCUCCCCAGCUCGUCGCCCCGACCGCAGUCCUCGCAGCCACGAGUCCUGCGCAUCGUUCUCCUCUCUGGCCAGCCUCGAGGCUCACACCCUCACGUCCACCAACACCAGCCCCGUCUCCACGCUCACAGGCUCGUCGGAGGUCGACGUGAACGGCCACGUGCGGACGCUCCAGGACCCGUCCUCGGAGAGCAUCACCUCGCUCAUGUCUGUGUCGGGGCAGAGCAAUUCCUCCAGCCCCGUGAGCCGUCGCCACUCCGUCACCACAUCGCAACCGGGCCAAGUGGAAGAACUGAAUGUGUUUAAGAACAGGCGAGCAUCAAUCCGAAGGUCUGCGCGUACUGGCUCGGUCAAAGGCCCGAUUGAUCCUAAAGUGAGGUUCGCGCAGUACCGCGCCCCGCAGCUCACGCUCAAGCCGCUGUUCUUCGAGGUGCCCCUGCAGGAGCCCGACCCGCUGUUCCUGGGGCGCCACUGGCUGGUGCGCGAGAUGGAGGCCGUGCUGGGCUCGGCACGGCCCGGCGUGCUGGUUCACGGCGAGGCGGGCACGGGCAAGACCGCGCUCGUGCUGCAGCUGGUCGAGUACAGCUGCUUCGGGCGGCGGCGCGAGCCCGCCUACCGGCAAGAUUCGUACACCUGCAACGGCAAGGACCGGCCGCUCGGAGCGUCUCAGAGCAUCUACUGCCAGAUCAAUCUAGUCUCGGAGAGGAUAAGGCACCUGGCGUCGCAUGUCGUGGCCUACCACUUCUGCCAGGCAGACAACAACGCCACGUGUCUGGUGCCUGACUUCGUGCACUCGCUGGCGGCCCAGCUGUGCCAGGCGCCGCAGCUGGUGGCUUACCGGGAGCUGCUGCUGAGCGAGCCGACCCUCCAGAACUCUGUGUGCCUGAGGGAGUGCGUGGCGGACCCCCACCUGGCCCUGACGCGGGGCGUGCUGGAGCCCCUGGCGGGACUGAGACGGGCGGGGCGGAUCGCCGGGGAGCAGUGCGUGGUGCUGGUUGACGCUCUGUGCGACGCGGAGUACCACCGGCCCGACCACGGCCUCACCCUCGCCCAGUUCCUCGCACGGCACCUGCACGCCUUCCCGCCGUGGCUCAAGCUGGUCUGCACCGUGCGCACGCAGCUGCUGGAGGUCGCGCAAGACCUGCCGUGCCACAGGAUCAGUCUGGACAUGGCGGGCUCCAGCGAGCACCUCCAGAAGGACAUGCUGGACUACAUCAGCUUCCGCAUGAGCAACAGUCCCAGCAUUCAGAGCAACGUGGCAGCGGCCAGCAGCCAGUCGCGCUUCUCGCAGCACCUGGCGCGCCUGGCGCACGGCUCCUUCCUGUUCGCCAAGCUCACCCUGGACCUGCUGGAGCGAGGCCACUUGGUGGUCAAGUCCUCGGGCUACAAGGUGCUGCCGGUGUCGCUGGCGCAGAUAUUCCUGCUGCACUUCAACCUGCGCUUCCCAACCGCACGAUCCUUUGAGCAAGUGUCGCCCAUCCUUGGCGUGUGCCUGGCCGCGCUCUACCCGCUCACGCUGCUGGAGAUCUACUACUCCGUGUGCGCGCUGCAAGCACACGCCUUCCUGCCCUGGGACGAGUUCCUGCACCGGUUCAAGAUGCUGUCCGGGCUCCUGGUGAAGCGCCAGGACAACACCCACAUGUUCUUCCACCCGUCGUUCCGGGAGUGGCUGAUGCGGCGCGACGAGGCGGAGAGCUGCAAGUUCGUGUGCGACCUGCGGGCGGGCCACGCGGCCGUCGCGCUACGCCUGUCGCGCGUGCAGGCGCCGCUGAGCGCGGACCAGACGCUGGAGCUGGGCCACCACGUGCUCAAGGCGCACGUGUACCGCAGCAUGACGCUGCUGCGCUGCUCCAGCCGCGACCUGCAGGCGCUGUGGGUCGCCGCGAGCGCCGGCGACGUGUCGGCCGCCGUGUGCUGCCUGCGCAACGUCUACAACCCCAACGUCAAGGUGUCGCGGCUGCUGCUGCUGGCCGGCGCGGACCCCGACCACCGCACCGAGUGCCUUGGCAGCGCGCCGGCACUCUGCAUGUUCGCGCACGAGGGCUGCCUGGAGAUGGUGUCCCUGCUGCUGGAGUUCCGGGCGGACCCGGAGCUGAGCAACAGCCAGGGCUGCACGGCGCUGGCCCUGGCGGCGGCGCGCGGGCACCUGGAGGUGUGCCGGCGCCUGGUGGCGGCGGGCGCCAGCCUGGGCGCCACCGACACCGCCGGCCAGAGCCCGCUGGUGCACGCCGCGAGGCAGGGCCACGCCGGCACCGUGGCGCUGCUGGUGUCCUGCGACUGGCUGCUGCGGCGGCCGGAGCGCGAGGUCACGCUGGCCGAGGCUGCCCAGCAGGCGCUGGUGGCCGCCUCGGGCCAGGGCCACGUCGAGAUAGCAGAGUACCUGCUGGAUAUGGGCGAAGUGAAGGCGGACGCCCUGGACUCCCUCUCGGGGGAGACGGCACUCACGGUGGCUGCGGCCAGCGGCUCUCUCCACGUGGUGGCAGCCCUGCUGGGCCGCGGCGCCAGUGUCUGCGCGGUCAACCGCAAGGAGCUGUCGCCACUGCUGCUGGCGGUGAAGGAGGGCCACUGGGCGGUGGCGGAACGCCUGCUGCAGCACCACGCGCCGAUCGAGCAGGCCGAUGCCACCGGCCGCACACCGCUCAUGCUGGCUGCCAUCGAGGGCCACACGGGCGUCCUGGAGCUGCUGCUCGACAAGGGUGCGUCGCUGUCGCGCCAGGACCGCGACGGGCUGUCGGCGUUGGGCUGGGCGUGUCUGCGCGGACGCCUGCAGGCCGCCCAGUGUCUCCUGGACCGCGGGGCAGAGGUGAACCUCGCCGACAAGACCGGCCGGACUCCGCUGGACCUGGCCGCCUUCCAGGGCAACCCGGCCCUCGUGCAGCUGCUGAUGGACAGGGGGGCGAUGAUCGAGCACGUGGACAUCAACGGCAUGCGACCGCUGGACCGGGCCAUCGGCUGCCGCAACACCCAGGUGGUGCAGUGCUUCCUGCGCAAGGGCGCCAAGCUGGGGCCUGCCACCUGGGCCAUGGCCGCCGGCAAGCCCGAGAUCAUGCUCAUCCUCCUGGGCAAGCUGCUGGAGGACGGCAACGUGCUGUACAGGAAGUCCCGUCUGAAGGAGGCCGCCCACCGCUACCACUACGCCCUCAAGAAGUUCCCCGGCGAGGACCUGGGCGAGCACCAGACCACGUUCGACCAGCUGCGCAUCAACUUCCUGCUCAACCAGUCGCGCUGCAAGAGGAAGAUGAACGAUUAUGAGGAGGCGGUUGAGUUGGCCAAUCAGGUGCUGAAGAUGAAACCAGAUUCCUUCGAGGCCUACUACGCUCGAGCGAAAGCCAGAAUAGAUAUGAAGUUGCUGGGGGACGCGCUGGGAGACGUGCAGGAGGCGCUGAGGACCGCGCCGGCCGGCCGAGAGGUGCGCCGCCUGCUGUGCAAGGUGCGCGACGAGGUGCGCUCCGAGAUGUCGGGCCCCCAGCCGGGGCGACCUGGCCUGGCCACCUCCGUGGACACGCUCCUGGAGCCCGAGACCUGCGUCUGAGCCGCCCGCCCCGACACUCGCUCCUCCGAGCCUACCUGCUUGCGAGCGGGGGGCUUGAAGAUCCAGACAGGAGGAACGGAUUCAUCUUUCCUGUAAAACUAAAGGGACGAUGCUUGCACGAAACUUGGGGCUGCAAGGUAAUAAUGAACACAGCUGAUGAUAACGCAGACCUUGAGUGUUUCGUGAGUUCAUUCACUUGGCAGAGGCAAGGAGAAAGGAAUGCUGGAUGCGUGCCACUUCUGUGUCCACUCGAAUGAAGGGGGUUUCCCUUGAACAAAAAACACAUAUGUACUUCACUUUUGUUUGGAAAUGCAAAAAUUAGAAUUGAAUGUAAACUUGAACAUUUCUCGUUUUAAUUGCCCUAGGUUUAUUUCUUCCACUGCUAUUUUUUUUGGAAAACACCCCAACAUAAAGGUUUGCUUGGAAAGUUGCUCUUCGGGGUAAGCAUUACCUUUCAGCUCAUGCUUAAAUAUUUGCAUACGCACUGUUGAGUAGACUUUUGAAGGAACUCUGUUGAAUUUAAUUUUUUUUGCAUUAUUAGGUGCAAAAGUUUAAUAUUCAAUGUUUUUAGGGACGUGCAAAGAAAUAUAAAUAAAUACCUAUAAAACAAAACUGAAACUUUCUCCAUUUAAAUUCAAUGCUACUGUCUACUUUUUUAUUUAUAUAUAUAAACUCAUCUUGAUUGGUAAAAUAAUGUAAUUGCUCUGUGUUUUAUACCCCAAAAAAUUGAAAAAUUAUCUUUUUAGAGUUAAUUAUCCAUAUAAUUGUGCAACAACAUUUUUUAAAUUUAUUUUUAUUUUUUAUGAAAUAAGUUUUUUGAAAAGUCUACUCAUAAAUAUUGUUUCACUUUAAUAUUAAAUAAUGUGCCAUUAAUACUACAUAUUUCUAUACCAUAUUUUUGUGGCCAAACAGUUGCACAGUUGAAAGAAAUAUAUUUUUAAAAAUUAGGUAAAUACCUGAUAAUAUUUUCUUGUUUUAAAUAAGAAAGUUAAGAUUUUUGUAAUGUAAAAUUUUUUAAUGAAACAUAGUCUUUCAUUCAGUCAGAUUUGAUAUAUGUGUUCCUUUAAUGAUUUACGCAGUAAAUGUGGUUGUAGUAUUGUGACUAAACACAUGUUAUGAUUAGAGACAAGAUUAUAUGGUGAAUACUGAAUAGUGAUAAAAGCAUGAUAACAGUGAAAUGGAAGUCAAUACACGGCAAAAACCGAAAUCAUUGGGCAAUACACAACAUAACAUUGAAAUGCAAGGCAAAACACAAAUUAAAUCAAAAUUUUCCUCAGUUAAAUUAAUGUUUUAAUGUUAAAAUAUAGAAUUAUUUUCAUAUAUCUUUAGUUUAGGCUUUUAUUCAUAAACCUAUAAUAUUAUGUCCUAAGUAGAAACAUGAAUUCAGUUUAUAUUUAUGGUUUUAUAAAGGAAAUUAAAGCAGUCUAUAGCUGAUAGUAUUAGGUCUGUACAAAUAUUCAAAUUUUCGAAUAUCAAAACGAAUAUUUUAUUAUUCAUAUUUCAUUCUGUUUGGAAUACAUACACUCGAAAAAAUGAACAUUCAGUCGUUUAUGAAUGCAGCUGUGCGGGAUCUUGAAAAUCUGGAAAAUUUUGGGAUCAAAGAAAAUUUUAUAGUUGGGCAAAAUUUCCACAAUAUAGGUAUUCAUAAUCUUUUAGGGUUACUUAUGUGGAGAUUUUUUGCUACAGAUGGCCAAGUAAAUUUUGAGAAGACUAAUUUAGUAAAGCUGGAUUUAACACAGUAAUUCGGAACCAUACACACCCACGUGAUCAGCUAAAGUAUUUUACAGUAGGUGGGAUAAAAGUAGCAUUGCAGUUUAAAAAAAUGUUUAGCUGUACUUUUAAUUUUCAUAUUUAUAACUUUCUCAUAAACUAAGGAACUUAUAGAAUGAUUUAGUUGCAGUUUGUUGUGUAACUUUCAUCAAUAUAGUAUAUGUACACAUUUUAAGUAUCCUAUCGUUAAAUGCUGAAGCAAUUGAUCAACAUAAUUGGUUUUGGUGUGUACUUAUUAUUAGCCUAUGUGUGUUUUAAUUUUUAUGACGACGAUAAAGAUGAAAUCCACUAUUUUUGGUGAUGAAAUUUGCUGUUUUAUAACACCAUAAGAUCUUGGCUCUAGUUACGAUGUUCAAGGGAGGGCAUUUCAUGAGGUGACAGCCAAUCGCAAACCAGCGUGGCUCCAGAUUGCGAGGACCUCGCAGUUGGUGCUGACGCCAAGUGAUUCGCGAGCGCGCGGGUCUGUAGAGCUGGGAGUGCGAGGCUUGUCAGGCAUGUCAGGCGUGUGCACUGCCAGAGUCCCAGCAUGCACCUGUGUGCGCUGCAUCACGCCGAGCGAGGGAGGAGUCGAGAACAAACCCACAAGACUGAAUCUGAGGAGCAGAGCCAAUCAGGCAGCUCGUGUGUACCUGCUGAACUUUUCAACUCAGGCCAUAAAGUUGUUUUUAAUUUAAACUAAAAAUGCUGCUUCUGGAAAGAUUGUUUUCAAGCCAAGGCUAGAAGUGUAGAUUUGCAAGUUGUCUUAAGAUAUAAUAUAUUGAAAGGAGAAAAGUUGUAUGUAUUAGUUGUAACAUCAAUGUUCAUGGUUGAACAGAUAACUUGUAAUGGAUUAAUGCAUGGUUUACAUGGCUAAAUAGUGUACAGUAAUAAAUUUAUAACUGUUAUGGUUUCAAACAGUGUUUAAUAGUUCUCAACUAUCGUGAAUUGCAAAUGUGGUUGUGGUGCCAAUAGUUCAGCAUACACGUAGCUAUGGCUAGUUAUUGGCAUGCUAAUUUGUAUCCUAAAAUUUGCUUGUAACUGCAUAAAACUAUUUGUUAAGACAGUAGUGCCUUUCAUUUUAUAAGUAAAAAUCAAGUUGAUGAAUUUUAUGCAUAUAAUCUGAUAUCCUGUGUAUGUAGUUUAUGUCAUAUGCUAAUGUAAAAACCGAAUAUUUCCUAUAGUUAUUGCGGUUAACUACAUGCUGUUUUUUUUUUAUAUUCCUUUUAUGUACUCACCUAUGUGUUAAGUUAUCGAAUAUAAUUUUUUUUAUUAUAUUUGCAUAUAUCUUGCCAGUUGUAUAUUUUAUAUUAUGUAUUAUUUUGCUUGUUAUUUAAUGAUAAAAUCAAUAACUUAACUGUUGAAAUGUUAGAAACAUUAUAUAGGCAACAUGUUGUGUGUUUGUCAUGUGUUGAAAACCCAACAGCAGAGAGAGCUGGAGAUGUUAAGAGUGUGCUAUGGAGAAUAAACAUGAGCAGGAGUUCUUGCAAUGCAGAUGGA